CACGCUAAAGGAAGUACAGACAAUCUUUAAAGAUUUAGAUUUAUAUUCUUCUGUGCAGUUGUUUCCUAAUCGUGCCCUGUAUCGUCCUCACCAUCCGUCUGUCGCCUUGGUUUUACUGAGUUUCUUCUGCCCUCACUCGGGAACAGGCGGCUCGAGGAGAGAGGGUGAUUAACUUUUAUGGAAAAAUCACAGAAUGAAGCGCUCGUAGUGACGAACCUACACCUGAAGCUCUACUGAGCUUUACAUAAAGCUUACUGAAGAUGGAAAAAGGAUACCCACCGCAGGAAUCAGCUCCACCAUACCCUGGGCCACCUAUGAACUAUGGUGGUGCUGUGCCUCAGCCAGACAUGUACCCUCAGCCAGGGAUGUACCCUCAGCCAGACAUGUACCCUCAGCCAGGGAUGUACCCUCAGCCAGGAAUGUACCCUCAGCCAGGUUUCUCCCCUGCAGCACCUCCACCUGCUGCAUACCAAGGAGGUGCUCCUUUUGCUCCGGCCACACCUGCACUUGCCACAACAGUGACUCACCUGGUAGUAGCACCUGCACUAAAUGACGUCCCAGGACAAACUGUGUGUCCCCACUGCCAGCAGACAGUGAUCACCAAGACAGUCCACACAGCAGGCCUGAUGACCUGGGCCAUCUGUGGUGGCCUCGCCAUCUUUGGGUGUUUUCUGUGCUGUUGUAUCCCGUUCUGCAUUGAUUCCUGUCAAGAUGUAGAGCAUCGCUGUCCGUGCUGCCACAAAGUUGUCUACAUAUACAAGCGAAUGUGAAACUAUCUGGACUGUGAAUGGGGAAGAAGAACGCAACGCUUUUCUGUAGCCAUUUAGUAGCCUUACUUACUCUACAGCAACGCAGUCUUUUGAUGUAACGCACCCUUUUGAUAUAAUGCAACCUUUUGAUACUGAUCAAAAUAAUAAAAAUGCACUUAUUCCAA